CCUUGGCUCGUCGGAAAGGACUGGACGUUAUGUACUGGUACUUUUACCUUUGGCCCGACGAUGCUAGUCUGGUUCUUCGUGCUUGGGAGUCAAGACAUCCAUCUGUUGCUGUAUUCAUUGAUCUUUUCCUCGGCCGUCCUGAGCCGUGAACCUCUCAUACGAUACGGCCAACUACAUAGGUUUUGCUUCAAGUCUGGAGCACUGUUCUCAUAUCCAUACCCACGAGCCCGCUCGCCGGUCGGUCCUCCACCCCGAAACCAAGCACUCCCUUGAACCCGAAGGUUG